UCCACCUCCUCCGUGUUCUUGGUGAGAAGGAGCUAAGCCCCAGGGAGAUGUUGGAGCCUGAGGAGUACAGAAGGAGAGAGGGAAAGAGAUGGUGGAUUACAUCUGCCAGUACCUGAGCAGCGUGCAGGAGCGGCGGGUGACUCCGGAUGUGAGGCCUGGCUACCUGCGGGCCCAGCUGCCCGAGAGUGCGCCUGAGGAGCCCGACAGCUGGGACAGCAUCUUUGGGGACAUUGAGCGAAUCAUCAUGCCCGGGGUGGUACACUGGCAAAGCCCCCACAUGCACGCCUACUACCCAGCUCUCACCUCUUGGCCAUCACUGCUGGGAGACAUGCUGGCUGAUGCCAUCAACUGCUUGGGAUUUACCUGGGCUUCCAGCCCUGUGUGCACAGAACUGGAGAUGAAUGUCAUGGACUGGCUGGCAAAAAUGCUGGGACUUCCAGAGCACUUCCUGCACCACCACCCUGGCAGCCAGGGGGGAGGCGUCUUGCAGAGCACAGUCAGUGAGUCCACCUUGAUCGCCUUGCUGGCAGCAAGGAAGAACAAAAUCCUAGAAAUAAAAGCGUCUGAGCCUGGGGCGGAUGAGUCUUCCCUGAACGCCCGGCUUGUUGCCUAUGCCUCCGACCAGGCCCACUCCUCGGUGGAAAAGGCUGGUUUGAUUUCUCUGGUCAAGAUGAAAUUUCUGCCUGUGGAUGACAACUUCUCACUCCGAGGGGAAGUUCUUCAGAAAGCCAUCGAGGAAGACAGAGCGCAGGGCUUGGUGCCUGUCUUUGUCUGUGCCACACUGGGGACCACUGGGGUCUGUGCAUUUGACCGCCUGUCAGAGCUGGGCCCCAUCUGUGCCAACGAGGGGCUGUGGCUCCACAUCGAUGCUGCCUACGCAGGCACUGCCUUCCUGUGCCCUGAGUUCCGGGGGUUUCUGAAGGGCAUCGAGUACGCCGAUUCCUUCACCUUUAAUCCUUCCAAGUGGAUGAUGGUGCACUUUGACUGUACUGGGUUCUGGGUCAAGGACAAGUACAAGCUGCAGCAGACCUUCAGCGUGAACCCCGUCUACCUCAGGCAUGCCGACUCGGGUGCGGCCACCGACUUCAUGCACUGGCAGAUCCCCCUGAGCAGGCGGUUUCGCUCUAUUAAACUCUGGUUUGUGAUCCGGUCCUUCGGGGUGAAGAAUCUUCAAGCGCACAUCAGACAUGGUACUGAAAUGGCUAAGUAUUUUGAAUCUCUGGUCAGAAACGAACCUUUCUUUGAAAUUCCUGCCAAGAGGCACCUUGGCCUGGUGGUUUUUCGUCUAAAGGGUCCUAAUUGCCUCACAGAAAGUGUGUUAAAGGAAAUAGCUAAAGCUGGCCGUCUCUUUCUCAUCCCAGCCACUAUCCAGGACAAGUUGAUUAUCCGUUUCACUGUGACAUCCCAGUUCACCACCAGGGAUGACAUCCUGAGAGACUGGAAUCUCAUUCAUGAUGCUGCCACUCUCAUCCUGAGUCAGCAUUGUACUUCCCAGCCUAGCCCUCAGGGGGGGAACCUCAUCCCCCAAACCAGGGGCCCCAGAGCCUUGGCCAAGGAACCGUCCUUUCCAUCUGUCAGCAGGGCAGGAGAUGACCCAGACCAGGCCAGGAAGAUCAUCAAGCAGCCUCCACAUGUGGGAGCCAGUCCCGUGAGCAGGGAAGGCAGCCGCCACCUUGAAACCCUGCUGGACCCACUUGAUGACUGCUUUUCAGAAGAGGCCCCAGACCUCACCAAGCACAAGCUGUCCUCCUUCCUGUUCAAUUAUUUGUCUGUGCAGAAUAAGAAGGCAGUGCGUUCCCUCAGUUGCAACAGCGUGCCUGUAGGCGAUCAGAAGCCACUGCCCACAGAUGGCUCUGUGAAGAAUGGCGGCUCCUGCCGGGUCAGAAUCUUUUCUAGGUUUCCAGAAGAGAUGAUGAUGCUAAAGAAAAGUGCCUUCAGAAAACUAAUCAAGUUCUACAGUGUCCCCAACUUUCCUGAAUGCAGUUCUCAAUGUGGGCUCCAGCUGCCCUGCUGCCCUCUGCAGGCAACAGUUUAGACCAGGGGGUUCAGCCAGGGUCCAUGAAUGUGUUUCAGGGAGUCUCUGAAGCCCUCAAAAUUGUAUGCUGAAUUUAUGUGCUUAUGUUUAUGUGCAUUUUUCUUGGGAGAAAGCCAAUGAUUUCUUAUCAGAUUCUCAUAGAAGUUCAUGACCUAUGAUAGGAUACAAAUAGAGAGUUUAAGCCAGCAUGAUCCAGAAGAUUCCAGCACGCUGGUUAGAGAGAAAGGGUCUAGGGUGGUGUAUUGACAGGCAGCUUCUGUGGUUUAGCUUGUGACACUGAAACUUUCAAGUUUCAUGAAAUAUAAUGUGGAAAUAAAUUGUGCUUGUCCCUGAAA